AUGGUUUACAAUAAACCAACAAGCGGAGCCAUGAAGAGGUCUGCCUCGGCUCUCGAAGGACCCCCAGGAUGGGGCGAUGUUCCUCCAAUGAUGACCAGCUCCCGCUCAUCAUUCCGUCCUCCUUAUGCUCACUUCGCCAUGAUUUACCUUGACCGUGACGGCAAACUUAAGGUUGAUGAAUCAUCUUCUAUUCAAGAGCAAAACUUGACUGUGUUCACCCCAGAAGUUCGCCAGAACUUCCUCGAGAUUCUGGGUGAACGUAUCGGCUACCAUGCCCCUGCUCGCCAGACAAUGGACACAUCUCCUCGUCGGGUGAGACGUCGCAAGGGCAACGCUCCUGCUAUUUCUGUCUGUGAUGACCGCAUGACUGAGCAGGACUCUGAGAGCGAGGACCUCCCUAGCUCUACCGAAAUGGUUCCUCUCCGCAUUGGAGAUGCCCAAAAGGUCAUGGGCUACUACGAAGGUGCCCUAAAGCACUUCCAACAGCUGAACUGCCGUAUGGUUGCCAAAGCAUUCAUCAAAUUCAUCGAGCCUCGCAAGCAGGUUCGACACCCUUACAAUGGUGGCAAGGCACCACCAGGAUCCGCCCCCGGUACUACCGGUGACCCAGAAAAGACCAAGCCCGAGUGGUGGCCUCCCGGUGUUAUGCACAAGGAGCCUGAUCACUUGAGAAAAGAGUAUCGCAUUGAGCUCUUGCUUCACAUUAUCCGCAAGCUCGGUUCUUACGGUAUCACUGCCGAUAAGCUUAAGGAUGUUGCUGGCGACACUAAGCGAAGCUUAAAACACGCAUCCCAUGUUGAGAUCAUCUACGAGAUUCUCCGGGUCCGCAAGAUGGAGGAGCGCUUCGAACGAGGCGAGGUCGAUGCUAACAUGAUCGUUUACACUAUGAACCGCGGCCCUAGCCCUAAGGGCGAUGAAGAAGACGACUCCGCCAACUCAGUGACUAUCGAGGAGCCCGAGCACCUCAACCAAGGAUUAAUGACCCCCAUCUCCUCAUUCGAGCAGGCGUCUACCUCCCUAACCACACCUAUCGACAACAACAUCCCAUCAGCUCGCUCUCUCCCAGGCAGCUUCUCCAUGGCGGAGCCUCUCAAUUUCGAAAACCCCACCCGCCAAGACCGCCCCUACUACACCACACCUCCCCAAUACAGCGAUUCCUUCUCACAGCCCAUGCUCAGCACUCCCGUGACAGCAGAGAUGAUCAGUCCCCACGACGUCUCAGCGUUCGACUACUCCGCUCACAACACCUACCCAAGCUCCACACCCGAUCAGCGCGGAGUAAACGGCCACUACGACACCUGGACCCCAUCUUUCCGCCAGAACAUCUUCAGUCCUAUCGACUAUGCUACACCGGCUACUAGCCAGGGGAUGCCCCAGCCUUCAAUGCCCUACCAGAUGCCCAUGGUAUCGCACACGCACAUGCAUGACAUGUCCCAUCACCAUGCCCAGCAGUCCCACAUGGACUCUAUCCACCAAAGAUCCCUGCCUUUCCGCACGGGAUCGCUGGGCCACCCACACCCUAACGGGAUGACUCUCUCCCACACUGUCUAA